UUUGAGAGCGACGGUUCCGUCCACGCCGGCUAUAGAGAGGGGGCGGCGUUCCACCGCCCCCUCCCGGGCGGCUCUGGGGAAAUGAGCAGGUAGGAGGCAGACAGCGACCUCUGCGUCUCGGAGUGAACGGUGAGCCUCCCCGUCACGGGGUAGUGCGACUGUCAGCCAAGGUCACCGCGCCCUGCGCAGGGAAGGGGUGGGGCUCGGCCGAGCCGGCGGGACCCGCCCCGCUGGGGCUGCAGGGUCCCAGUAUGGCGACGGCAUUGACGGACCCGGCGCAGGUGUCUGUGACCUUUGAUGAUGUGGCUGUGACUUUCACCCAGGAGGAGUGGGGGCAGCUGGACCUAGCUCAGCGGACCCUGUACCAGGAGGUGAUGCUGGAAAACUGUGGGCUUCUGGUGUCUCUGGGGUGUCCUGUUCCCAGACCUGAGCUGAUCUACCACCUAGAGCAUGGGCAGGAGCCAUGGACCAGGAAGGAAGACCUCUCCCAAGGCACCCAUCCAGGUGACAAAGGAAAACCCAAGAACACAGAACCUACCACUUGCCAGCUAGCCUUGUCUGGAGGAAUCUCAUUCUGGGGUCAACUAAGACAGGGAGCUUCAGGAGACUUCCAGUUGGGGCAACCCAAGGAUCAGGAUUGGUUUUCAGAAAUGCAGGGAGAACACUUGCAACCAGGGAUAGAUUCCCAAAAGGAGACCCCUCCUAGAAAAAUGAGCCCCAAACAUGAUGGUUUAGAGACAGCUGAUAGUGUGUGUUCAAGGAUUAUACAGGAUCAAGUCUCCUUAGGAGAUGAUGUCCAUGACUGUGACUCACAUGGAUCAGGUAAAAAUCCAGUUAUUCAGGAAGAGGAAAAUAUUUUUAAAUGCAAUGAAUGUGAAAAAGUGUUUAACAAGAAACGCCUGCUUGCUCGGCAUGAGAGGAUUCACUCUGGAGUAAAGCCCUAUGAAUGCACAGAGUGUGGAAAAACCUUUAGCAAAAGCACAUACCUCCUGCAACACCACAUGGUCCACACUGGGGAGAAGCCCUAUAAGUGCAUGGAGUGUGGGAAGGCGUUUAACCGCAAGUCACACCUUACACAGCACCAGCGGAUUCACAGUGGAGAGAAGCCUUACAAGUGCAGUGAAUGCGGAAAGGCCUUCACUCACCGCUCCACUUUUGUCUUGCAUAACAGGAGCCACACUGGAGAAAAACCCUUUGUGUGCAAAGAGUGUGGCAAAGCCUUUCGAGAUAGGCCAGGUUUCAUUCGACACUACAUUAUCCACAGUGGUGAGAAUCCCUAUGAGUGCUUCGAAUGUGGCAAGGUCUUCAAACACAGGUCAUACCUAAUGUGGCACCAGCAGACUCAUACAGGGGAGAAGCCCUAUGAGUGCAGUGAGUGUGGGAAGGCCUUCUGUGAGAGCGCAGCCCUAAUUCAUCACUAUGUCAUCCACACUGGGGAGAAGCCCUUUGAGUGCCUCGAGUGUGGGAAAGCUUUCAACCACCGAUCAUACCUCAAGAGGCACCAGCGGAUUCACACUGGGGAGAAGCCUUAUGUGUGUAGUGAAUGUGGAAAGGCCUUCACCCACUGCUCUACCUUUAUCUUGCAUAAAAGGGCCCACACUGGAGAAAAACCUUUUGAGUGCAAAGAAUGUGGGAAAGCCUUUAGCAAUAGGGCAGACCUCAUUCGACAUUUCAGCAUCCACACUGGAGAGAAGCCCUAUGAGUGCAUGGAGUGUGGAAAGGCCUUCAACCGCAGGUCAGGCCUCACAAGGCACCAGCGGAUUCAUAGUGGAGAGAAGCCCUAUGAAUGCAUCGAGUGUGGGAAAACAUUUUGCUGGAGCACAAACCUCAUUCGACACUCCAUCAUCCACACUGGAGAGAAACCGUAUGAGUGUAGUGAAUGUGGAAAGGCCUUCAGUCGCAGCUCAUCCCUCACUCAGCAUCAAAGGAUGCAUACUGGGAGAAAUCCUAUCAGUGUAACAGAUGUAGGAAGACCUUUCACAAGUGGGCAGACCUCAGUCAACAUCGAAGAACUUUUAUUGGGGAAAAACUUUUUGAAUGUCACCACUGAGGAAAAUCUUUUGCAAGAGGAAGCAUCUUACAUGGCUUCUGAUCAACCAUACCAAAGAGAAACCCCACAGGUGUCUUCACUGUGAGAAAACCUGUUGCAGAAUAUUAUCUGUCACCUAAGGAGUCAUAUUAGAAAAUCACACAGCUUAGAGCCUUAUUCUCCAUCUGAACUCAUCCUGGAAAAACACCCAGUGGUUAUUAUGCACUUAGGAAAACCUUUAGCUUCAUCUUUCUCAUUAGUUUACAGUGCAGUGUUAUCUCAGGAAUUUUUAUAAAAAGAGGUGACAUAGAAAAGAAAAUGAAAUGCAAACUGCUUCUUUAUACUGUUGUUUUGUAUGUACAUUUCUGUCCUAUGUCAGGAAAGUAAGGGAAGGUCUGUGAACAUAAUGUCUUUGUUCUACCACAUUGUCUCUUGGGAAGUACUUGUUUUUAUGAGAAAUGUGAAGGCUUGAGUUAUGAAAUACUUUUAUAUUUAACGAUAAAAGGAAACAUGAACGUGCACAUUUUAUUGCACCAGUUAAGACUGUUUAGGUCUUUGAUUUUUAAAAUCCUUUUUUAAUGGGCUUUAAACACUAACACUCAGAAUUUUUCUUGAUUCCUAUCUUUUGGUUCACUUGAUUGCUAUAGCUGUAUGGUAAAUCUCAAAAUUGGGUAAUGUGAUUUCUUUCUUACUAUUUUUAUUUAAAAUUCAUUUAGCAUUCCUAGUUUCUUUGGCUUUCCAUAUAUAUUUUAGGAUUGGUUUUUCUGUUUUUUAAAUGUUCUUGCUUGGAUUUGGAUAGAAAUUGAGUUAAAUCUGUAGAUCAAUAUGUUGAUAAUUGGCAUCUUUAUUAGCCUUUCAAUUCAUGAACAUGGCAUAUCUUUUCAUUUAUUUAAAUAUUCUUUGAUAUAUUUCAUUACUGUUUUAUAGUUUACACAAAAUAGCUCCUAUACAUUUUAAAUAAGGUUUAUAGCUUCAUAGUUUUUUCAGUGAUUGUCAAUGGCAUUGAUAUUCAAAAUUUCAAUUUCACAUGAUACUGGCUAGUAUACAGAAACAUAAUUAUUUUUUCAGUCUUAUUUUACUGUCUUCCAACCUUCCUAAACUCAUUGUUUCUUGUCAUUUCUUUUGGGAGAAUCCUUAGGAUUUUAAGCAUAGAAAUGUCAUUUGCAAUUUGGGACAGUCUUUUUUCUUACUUCGCAUCUGUAUACCUUUUAUUUGCUUUUCUCAUGUUAUUGUACUAGGUAAUAACAGUGUGAUGUUGAAUAUGAAGAGUGACAAGUCAUCCAUGCCCUGUUCCUGAUAUUAGGGGGGAAAUGUUCAGUUUCUCUAUUUUUUUUUCUACCCAAAUCAAAAGGACAGUUUCUUAUUAGUAUGAUGUUGAAAGUUUCUUCCAAAGAGUUUCCCUGUUGAGUUUAUUAAGUUUCCCUCUAUUCCUAAUUUGCUGGGAUUUUUUUGUUAUUAAGAAGUGUUGAAUUUUGUCAUACGCUUUUUCUCUAUCAAUUGAUUUAAUUGUAUGCUGUUACUUCUAUAGUCAGUUGAUAUGGUGUAUUACAUUGAUUGAGUUUUGAGUAUUGAACGAGCCUCACGUCCUUGUGAUAAGCCCUACUUGGUCAUGGAGUAUAAUUUUGUAUAUAUACCAUGCUACAGUAUUUCAUUUGCUAGUAUUUUGUUGAGGAAGUUCUCCUCUAAUUUCAUGAGUGAUAAUGAUAAAUGUUAUUUGGUUUUGAUGUCUAGAUGAUCAAUAGCCUCCCAACAUGAAUUGGAAGGAAUUCUCUUCUGUUUUUUUUUUUUUGGAAGAUGGUAUAUAGAAUCAGUGUUAUUUGUUCCUUUAAUGUUCGAUAGCAUUCUCCAGUGAACAAGUGGGACCUGGAGAUUUACUUUUAGAUGCUUUUUAAUUAUGUAUUUAUUUUAUUUAAUAGCUAUAGAACUAUUCAGAGUAUUUCAUAUUGAAUGAAUUUUUAUAGAUUUUCUUAGGGAAUUGUUCAUUUUAUGUAAAUUUUCUAAUUUGUAGCAUUCUUUUAAAUAUUACCUUUUGAUGGCAGCAGAAUCUGUACUUAUGUUCCUUGUUGUAUUCUUAAUAUUGGAAAUGUAUCACUUAUCAUUGUCAGUCUUUGUAGACAUACAUCAAUUUCACUGAUCAUUUCAAAGAAACAGCACUUUAUAUCUCUGAUUUUUCUCCACUCUCUGCUCUUCAUUUCACUGAUAUCUGCUGUGCUCUGUAUUGUGUCUUUUCUUCUACUUG